AUGUUGAACCAAUGGAGCUUUCAUAAUCGAUUUUCUAGCGCCGAGCGAAUGCCAUUGUCAAUGGUGCAAGCGCCAACACCAUCACCUCCAUCUACAGCUUCUGGAACAGUCGUUGUUCAGAGACAGCAGCAACAGGCUCUUCGGGUUCAAAAUCCUGUGGCAGUAACUCCUCCAUAUGUCAAUGCCACGACCACCAGGAAUGACCAACAGCAACAGAAGCUCGUCUCUCCCUAUCGUCGAAGUCGCAGUCAGUACCAUCCAAAUCCACCCCCCUACCGCCGUCCUCAAUCUGGCUGUGUCGUGCCAGUAGGGAAGGGCAUCUCAUCGGCUCCUGAUCUCUACACUGUCUGCCCUCUGGCACCACAAGUACAUCAAGAAUCUCCCGAGGACGGUGACAUUCAUUACACUCUCGCGUCUGACGAUAUAGAAGAGUCUCUAGAACAAGAUGAUCUCCUCUUGGAUGAGACAAACGAUGACACAGACUUUGAUGGAUGCCUGAUGACUAGUGAAGAUGGAGGAGGACCAAGUGGAGGCCUUAUAGAUGAUGAAGAUGAAGACGAAGAAGACAUAAAGUCGGCAUAUUUGAUCACUCCCAACCCUACUGCAUUGUCAACCAAUAGCUCAUCAGCAUCGGCUUAUGGUGGCGGAAAAACAGGCUCCCCGACAGGUUCAUUUCAUCAUCCCGAAACUACGGAACAACGGCGUCGAAUGAGUAUGCAAUCGAGUUUGAAACUCCUUCAAGAGUUAGUCCGGCAGAACCAGGAACGACGUUGCUUCGAUGGGAAUGGUAGAAAGCCACCGAUUGUGAGUGGUUCUGGAAUUACCUCUCAGCUUCCCCAUGGUCACAAUCCACCUCACCAACAGAAGACUUCCAAAGCUGCAAUUUUGAGGGAUGGCGCAGAAUUAAUUCGGUCUCAACGAGCAAUCGGAGAUCGACUGGAUGCACAGAUCUCCAGUCUUCAGGCUGAGCUAGAUAGUUUGCACGAGUCUGUUAAUGCCUGUUGUAAAAAGCUGCCGACAUUAGGAGCUGUGUCCAAACAGCAGGCAAAGUCCAUGAAGUCAUCUGCCCGAGUUUGGUACCACAACUUUGUGUCACAGGCGACUGAGGCCAAUUGGAAAUUCUACAUCUUUAGUCUCAUCUUCACAGAUGUCUUUGAAACUUACUGUGACAAGUUGGCUUGA